UCCCUGCGCCGGCGUGUCGCUCACACGCGCACUCCCGCCCGGCCCGGCAGCCGCGCCGCCGCCUCAGCCGCAGCCCCUCGACAGCCGUUGGCACCAUGUCGUCGCCUCCCGAAGGGAAACUAGAGACUAAAGCUGGACACCCGCCCGCCGUGAAAGCCGGUGGAAUGCGAAUUGUGCAGAAACACCCACAUACUGGAGACAGCAACGAAGAGAAAGACAAGGAUGACCAAGAAUGGGAAAGCCCCAGCCCACCUAAGCCAACCGUGUUCAUCUCCGGUGUUAUCGCCCGGGGUGACAAAGACUUCCCCCCGGCGGCCGCGCAGGUGGCUCACCAGAAGCCCCACGCCUCCAUGGACAAGCACCCGUCACCACGCACCCCGCAUAUCCAGCAGCCGCGCAAGUGAACCUGCCCCCAGCCCCCAGCCCCCCCCCCCCAAUGCCCCGGCUCCCCACCUGCCACAGCGGGAGAUGUAAGACAGAGCCAGGCAUUCCCGCCUUUGCCUUAACUUUCCAUAUUUAAAACCAAAAAUGGUUCAAGCCCCAAACCCCGUUUAGAGACUCCUGGUGAGAGGUCACCAGGGCUGUUGCCCCUGGAGUGAGCAGACGUGGCCAGGACCCACAUGCAGUUGUUCAGGCUGCACCCCUCGUUCUGCUGCAGCAGUCACCUGGAGCCCCCACCAGUGGUCAGCAAAGCCACAGAGAGGGUGGAGACCAGGGAGGAUUAGAUCAAGGAGGGACCAACGCAGUCCUCCUUUCAGUAGGUGGGCGACAGAGCCUCAGCACCUACGGGCAAGCGAGCAGCCCCAGCUCACAGGGCGGGUCUCCGAAAGUCAGCGUAGGGAAGACCCUAGAAACGGGCAGUGGCCACACUGAGUUCCCCUCCCCUGUGUGGUGGGAGACCCUACACCAGAGGGAACAGCAGCACCUUUGGCCACGGGGGGCAGGAGAGCUCAGCGUGGGGGCCCCCCCAGGGACAUCGAGGCCAACCUGUGCUGCUCAGCCACUGCUCCUGGCGCUGCUGUGGGGUUCUGGAAGUGACCCCUGGCCAGGGUGGAGGGGGGAACAGGACAGGCCUCCUGGAGAGCUGCCCCCUGUGUACUGGCCAUUAGAGCAGGGAGACCCUGCUGGUCUGCCAGUCGCCCAGACUGCCCCUGCCCCGAAUGCACACCUGCGGGGGGCCACGCUCACUGGCCCGAGAUGCCGCACACGACCCCUGGCUCACGGCGUGCUUGGAAACACCAAGAGGGCUCCUUUAGGUCGACAUGAAUACCCUCCAACAGCGCUCAGAAAGGGGGUGCAGCCACCUGUGCCACUCACCUGCAGUGGAGUUGUAGCCACGUCCCCCUACCUUGCACUCCCCACCAGCCUUUCUGGUGCCUUCUCCAGACCCUGUCCGCCAGCCGGAAGUAGAGCAGACGUGGAGAGGCCCAGCACUGCCCCUUCCCUGAGGGUGCAGCUCAGCGCCCCCUCCCAGUGUGCACCCCUCCAGGCCUCGUGUCCCCACCUGUAUAUGGCGGCGAGAACCAGGCGUGGCUUCCGGAGAGCUGGACAUCACCAGCAGCGCAGCCAGAGAACCUACCACACAAGCCGCCUCGGCCGCGCAGUCCUCUGAAGCCAGCGUCCAGGACCGGGCUCCGAGCAGGCGCCCCCGGGCGGCCUGGGCAGACCAUCGCUCUGUCCAUCUGCCACAGACCCCCAGAUGCAGCCUUGGGCCCCUGUGACUCUGCGGCCAGAGGGCGUGCCUUUAUCUCCCCCGGUGCAAUCUUCGUGUUUUUUCACCCAGACCUGGGGUGCGUGUGGGUUCGCGACCACCAAAUACAAAACGUUUUCCUGGAUGAAUUUCUCAAUCGUUAACUUGAAGAAUUAAUGAUCAUGGUAAUAAAUCUGCAUUCCU